UACACACCUCAACUUCAUUAUGCUCUAAACCUCAUAAACAUAGUAGCAAUACAAAACAUAAGUUAGCUCUACUUUGUCAUGGAUUCAAAGAGAUACUUAGUUACUCUCUUUUUGUUCUUCAACAUUCUUUUCUUUAACCUUGUAAGUGGUUGCUGGACUGGUUGUCCCAAUCCACCAAUUCCUAAACCAAACCCUAACCCUAACCCUUACCCGAACCCAAACCCGAACCCGAGCCCAUCCAAGGGACAUUGCCCUAGAGAUGCCCUAAAACUAGGUGUAUGUGCCAAUGUACUUAACGGUCCGAUCGGAGCGGUCAUCGGGACCCCACCCCACCCGCAUUGUUGUAUGGUAUUAGGUGGACUUUUGGAUCUUGAAGCUGCUAUUUGUCUUUGCACUGCAUUGAAAGCUAAUAUUCUUGGAAUUAACAUUAAUAUUCCAAUUGCAUUAAGCUUGCUUAUUAAUACUUGUGGCAAAACACUCCCAUCUGAUUUCAUUUGUGCCUAAUAAGGUACAAAUGUUUCUCUUUUGGGUCGUGACCAAAAAAAAAAUUAAGUUUUAGCGACUAGAUUAUUCUUAACGACCCUCAAGUUGGCGCGAAAAAUCAUUUGUGACGAAUUUUAAUCAUUUUCUGUGGCGACUAAUUAAAGUUGCAUUUGUUGUAGUCAUGUAUGUGAAGUAUUUGGAAUUUGUUGUUUGUAUGAUUCUACGAAUUUCAAUUUUUGUUUGUUGAAGUUAUAUUUAAUUAGGAUUAAGCACUUGAUGAUUUAAUUUGUACCAAGGGAUUGUUAUUACAUCUCUUUUCUUUGUUGACUUGAAUUUCUAGUUCAAUAAUAUUUGCUUUUAAUUUCUCCUUAA